AUGACUGGAAUUCAAGACCAAGACCGUUUACAAGUGCCCAAAGCUGAGUGGCCUAAGAACCAUUCAUACGGGAAAGCCAGUCCUGGAUACCCGAGAGAUCUAGAAGUUAUUCUACAAUGGGGUUCUGACAAUCUGGUUGAAUUCAAUGCCUCUAAGACCCAGGCUACUCUGCUCACAAGGAAAACAUCGACAGUUGCACCCCAACUAAUAAUGGAUAAUAAACCAAUAAAACCAACCAAUGGACUUAAGCUUCUAGGGGUCAAUAUCAGUCCAAAAGCAACCUGGCAUGAGCACGUCUGCUCAGUUGCCAAGUCAGCUGCACAGAAGCUUAGCUAUCUAUUUCGUGCGAGGAAAUUGUUCACUCCAAAGCAGCUUUUAUUACUUUAUAAGGCUCAAGUGCGUCCAGCUAUGGAAUAUUGCUCUCAUGCUUGGGGUUCAGCUCCUAAGCACUCGUUACUCCUACUUGAUUCCAUUCAAAAAAGAGCAGUGCGCCUAAUAGACGAUCCAACGUUAACUGCCAACCUUCAUAGUCUCGAUCACCGUAGGAAGGUUGGAGACUUAUGCCUUUUUUACAGAUACUACCACGGAAGGUGUUCUGCUGCCAUUGCCUCCAUGAUUCCUCCAGGGGCUCAAUUUGAUCGACGAACAAGGCUAGCCGAUAAUAGUCACCAGUUUGUCGUGCAUCUUUCUACAGCUAGGACAUCGGUGUAUCAGAAGGUUUUUCUUUACCGAACUGCAAGGCUAUGGAAUACCCUACCUCAAGAUGUAUUCCCCCUUGGUUACAACUUACAGCAGUUUAAGACACAAACCGAUUUCUUCUAA